AUGGCAGCUGAGCUACAGCCACUGGAAGCCACAAUCCCCGCCGGCCCAACCACCACCGCCACGUCGACACCCCCACCUCAUAUACCCACACCUGCCACCGCACCAAUCACAUCCACAACCGCACCACCACCACCGCCAACGACGGCUCUACACUCGGCUGAGAACCCCGCCCCUCAAUUCCAACCGGGCCAGAAACGCCAGCGCCGGCCCAGCGUCCGCCUAGGCGAGAUCGGCGACCAGCCCGCUGCCACCGUCUCAAUCGACUCGCACAUGCGGCGGGCCAGGUACCCCUGGAAGCUCCCGAAGGACUCGAGUAAAUCCGUCAAGGCCAGGUCGAUCACGAACCUGGUCAACGGCCACGACUCGACGGAGAACGGAUUCGAGUUCGGGAACCGGAAGAUCAAAUCGAAGCGGGCGGCGACGACGAAGCGAGUCCGGUCGAAUUGGAUAGCGAACUCGAAGAUCGACGAGGGAGGGGAUAGCCGGGAGGAAGGGGAGGGGUGGAUGAGCGCGGAUCCGAGUCCGGUGAGGGACGAGAGUCCGGUGCAGUCGGCGGAGGAGAACGAUAAUUGGGAGGCGGAGGAGCAGAGGAGGGUUUGGGGGAGGGGAUCGGAGAGCAGGGAAAACGACGCCGUUGAGAUGCCGGAGUCGAAUUGGAGCGGGGUGAGGACGUGGCUAAUUGAAUUGGGGUUGAGUCGGUAUACGCCGGUGUUUGAGAUACAUGAGGUGGAUGACGAGGUGUUGCCGAUGCUGACGUUGGAGGAUCUUAAAGAUAUGGGGAUCAACGCCGUCGGAUCACGGCGGAAAAUGUACAGUGCGAUCCAGAAGCUUCGCAAGGGGUUCUCGUGA